UGCAGAUUCCCAGCUUAGCGGAGCCAGUCAGUCUCGCUGUGGUUAUCCUUUGUGCUGCGUCAGUGUAAAGACUGCCCCGGUUGUCAGCUUGUACCGCCCGGAGAACGGACCUUCUGCCAAUUCUGAUUGGAGAUGGACCUUGGUGUUUGUCAACUGAGGAAUUUGUCUAUUUCUUUUCUGUCUUCCGUGCUUGCUAAAGAGACCAGUCCAGUCAGGCUUGACAAUAGUUCUUCUGGUGCCAGUUUGGUGGCCAUCGACAAUAAAAUCGAACAAGCAAUGGACCUGGUAAAGAGCCACCUGAUGUAUGCUGUGAGAGAGGAGGUGGAUGUGUUGAAGGACCAGAUUAAGGAGCUGAUAGAGAGGAACUCCCAGUUGGAGCAGGAGAACAACCUCCUGAAAACCCUGGCCAGCCCAGAGCAGAUGGCUCAGUUCCAGGCUCAGGUCCAGCCCAGCUCUGGCUCCCCUAACCCCCAGCCUCAGCCCCUGCCGUCCUCACAGAGCUCUGGGACCUCCGCAUAGCCCCCGUCCACAGGGGGAGGAGGAGGAGGGAGGAGAACCUUUACUAUGCUGUGAACUGACCUCAUGCAAAGCAAACAAGAACCAAUAUGGCUCAAUCAAGGAGACCGCUAGAAGUAGAAAAACCAUGUUUUGCACAUUUAUUUAACUGACCAAAGACAAUGAUGGACACUUGUGUGUCAGGUGUUCUGUCAGCUUGGAGUGCUUCAGACAAUCGCCAUGGAGACCAGGGAGGUGAAUGGAACAGAUGGACAGUUGUCAUGGAGAUAAAACAGACAGACAACAACCCAGAACGGGUACACUGUCUUCAGAUCUCUACAGUGACGGUUGAAUUGAGCCAUUGCUGCCACUUCUUUACACCCUUUUCAUUUAGUUGUUUUGGUUGGAGUAUUUCCUAGCUGUGAAUUUAAUCAAACAACAAGGACUUUGUCAGUGAAGAAAUGAGGUGCAUUAUCUGUAGGGACCAUUAAAGAAAGGGAAAACAGGACCCCAUCUGGUAUGGGGCGUAGGGUGGAACAUUCAGUGCAUUCGGAAAGUAUUCAGACCCCUUGACUUUUUCCACAUUUUGUUACAUUA